UUUUAGGUUUCAUAUUUGCUUGCCAAAGUCAUAUCAUACUUUCUAGGAUUUCGUAGUGUAUAGAGAGUCAGUCCAUUGCAUCCGUAUUUUAGGGACCAAGGAGAAGACUCGGUAACAUACGGAUUCUGCACUAGGAAGUGUUCAAUACGUGCUAAGUUAAAGAUUGGUAGUUCGAACUACCUCAUAACGGGUAUUGAUCGCUUUAUGCUGGUUCAGGAAAAUAUGGGCGACGCCAUGCUUGUUAAAAAGAGACCAGUUUCAAUCGAUGAAAUGAAUCUUAAAUCUAUACAACGGCUGGAUCCAUGUGCGGUAGCAAUCAUUGACAAGUCAGUGCAUGCGGCGCUCUACCAAUUCGAUAAAUGUAAAACGCAGUGGGUGAAGUCCGCGAUCGAAGGUCCAUUAUUUUUGUACAAACGAGCUGAUAAGCCUUUUCAUUCAUUAAUGAUUGCAAAUCGUCAAUCUCUGGAGGAUCAUAUCGAACCGAUCACACCUCCAUUACGAUUCUUUCUUGAAGCUCCAUAUUUGUUUAUGAAUACUCAAGAAGGUGACAUAAGGGGUUUCUGGUUCUUUGAAGAAGAGGAUUGUAUACGUUUGUACAAAUUGCUUGUCAAGCUUGUAUCUGAAUCAAAUUCAUCGACAUCUACCAUAAUGAACGAUUCAAAAAGAGCAAUGUCAACUAAUUCGCAAAAUGGAUAUGGUGCGCACGCAGGUAGUGCUGCAGGACGAGACAGUCGCUGUAAAAAACUGGAUGAGAUGCCGGCUUUGCUACAGCAGUUACUUUCGAAGCAGUCAACUACUAAAUUACCGGAUGUGCCGACUAGAGGUGCUUUGAGCGCAGAUCAGAUUGAAAGACAGCUUCUUCUCCGAGGUGCUCAGGGCGAAAGUGCCGUGGUGUCGACAGGAAACAGACGUGAGAAAAUGAUGGGGAAGUGCGCGCCUGCCAUUGGGGAGAUCGAAGAAAAUGAUACAUUAUCGGAUCUAGUCAGUAAUCUGUCUCUCUGUGCUGCGAAGACAUCUUCCAAUCUGAAAGAUGUGGAGAAGCAUCGAUCGAAGGGUAAGAACAAGUACGAUGGAGCGCCUGAGGAUGGUAGUUCACAGGUUGUUUCUCUUACAAAGGAUCAGUUAUUGGUGGCACUAAAACAUUUAUUAAAGGACGAUGGCUUUGUAACACGUUUACACCGUGCAUAUUUGGAGAGCAUCAAUACUCGGCUGGGGUUGCGCGACUAAUACGUGUUUAGUGUAAUGCGAUUCUUACGGAAGUACUUACCAGUUAUUGGAAAGAAUAAUCAACCUUGCAUGGAUUAACAUUGAUUGGUGCUUCCGCUACAUACUAAGCACAGUAUACUAAUAAUAAUAGUUUCACCAUCAGUAGGUUACUGAUAAGGUUUUUAUUUCUUGUUUCGUUCUUGUAUAUUUCUUGAAACUCUUGCGCGUUUUUUUGUCAUUUCUAUAGAGCAAGUUCCAAAUGACAUGGUAUAAGUUAAUAUGGACAGUUUCUGAUUUCCUGUGUUAUAUGGUCUUCUGUACUUAUUACAAUAUUAUUUCAGGACAACUAGUAAAUAAUUACUAGCUUUCAUGCAAUAUUUUAGAAGAUAUAGCAUUGCUACCAUUAAUUUUAAUGCAUAUAUUAGCGGUUUGCCGCCAAAUGUAGAUUUAGAGUCUUUUGGUAUACUUAACCUGGAAAUUGGAAUUUAAUUUUGCAAGACAGUAUCCAUGAAUUUUCGACUACAAUUCCCA